AUGAAGUCUCAACCCGUGGCUCACUUGCUGUGCACACCAUCUCCCUCAAGGACAUCUGGAGCACCCCUGCCAAUUCUCUACGACACUGCAGGGUCUAGAGCCACAGCAUCGGGUCAGAUCUGUUCGAAAGAUUCACCAAAUGCAUUUAAAGUAAGAAUCAGCCUGAAGGCAGCUCUUGGAGAUGAGGCCUAUGAUUGGGAUGACAAUGAGCAGUUCUACUUUCAAGCGACAGUGGCGUAUGGUAUGAGAAAAUUAAUGAACCAACCAUUCAAUGUAUCUGACGUGCACAUCUGUGAGGAAACAAAAAGGAUCUCAUUUUAUUUUGUGGUGACAGAUCCAUAUAAUGGAUUAAAACCUCUUCCUAAGACAGAUGUGGAGAAAGCAAUCAGAAUGGUCAAAGCCAGGUUCAAUAACGCCUUUUCCCUGGACGAAAACACACUGGAGUUUGUGGGUAUCAUCCCCACGUUUGCCCCAGUCCCAGAGCCACCUGUCACUGUGUGGCUGAUUGUUUUUGGCAUCAUCAUGGGCUUGAUAGCAUGUGGUCUUAUUAUGAUAAUUGUGACUGGUCAACGUGAUAAAAUGAAGAAAGCAAAAGCUGCAGAAAAGGAAAGAGAAAACAAAGAGGCAAAUUUCACAGGAGCUGAGAAUGGAAUCUCCUGUCAAACACUGUAUCAGACUGAAGGCUGUCAAAAUGAAGCAUUCCAUCCAGAUGAUGAAAAAUUAACAACCCUGUAAAAUCAACUUUCUCCUGUCUGAUGGUCAUUGCAGCCUUUGGUAUUUUAAUGGAAGAAUUCACUUGGUCAGUGUUAUUAAAAUUAAAUGAUAAUCUUUAAAUCAGCUCAGUUUUACUUUUUCAUUUUUAGAGAGUUCAUUUGCUUCACACUGAAUGAAGACAAAUAUGGAGCAUUAUUAAAUGGUGCAGGAAAUAAAUCAAUGUUAAAUUAUGUCUAAAGUUCAAGUCCUGUUUAUCUCUCUUCCUUUUAUGAUGAAUGUUUACUACUUCAGGGGUAUUUCACUGGCACCAUCAAAUUAAAAAAAUACCUGGGCUCAAAAAGUAUCAUUCAAAUAAAAAAACAUUUUUACCUUGA